AUGUCGUCAUCCGGCGCCCCAGCCCCGGCGGCGGCGAUGGCCGUGGACGACGCGGAGGACGACCAGCUCGCCUCCAUGUCCACGGAGGACAUCAUCCGGGCCUCCCGCCUCCUCGACAACGAGAUCCGUGUCCUCAAGGACGAGUUGCAGCGGACAAACCUGGAGUUGGAGUCGUUCAAGGAGAAGGUUAAGGAAAACCAGGAGAAAAUUAAGCUCAACAAGCAGCUGCCUUACCUCGUCGGCAACAUCGUUGAGAUCUUGGAAAUGAACCAUGAAGAUGAAGCUGAGGAGGAUGGUGCUAACAUUGAUUUAGACUCACAAAGGAAAGGAAAAUGUGUUGUUCUGAAGACCUCCACAAGACAAACUAUAUUCCUUCCUGUUGUUGGGCUAGUGGACCCUGAUAAGCUAAAGCCUGGUGAUCUGGUAGGAGUCAAUAAAGAUAGCUACCUUAUACUAGAUACGUUGCCAUCAGAGUAUGAUUCACGAGUGAAGGCAAUGGAGGUUGAUGAAAAGCCAACUGAAGAUUAUAAUGACAUUGGAGGUCUUGAAAAGCAGAUUCAAGAGCUUGUAGAGGCAAUUGUACUGCCCAUGACACAUAAAGACCGGUUCCAGAAGUUGGGUAUUCGUCCUCCAAAAGGAGUUCUUUUGUAUGGACCGCCAGGAACUGGCAAGACACUCAUGGCGCGUGCAUGUGCUGCACAAACGAAUGCAACGUUUCUGAAAUUAGCUGGUCCACAACUUGUGCAGAUGUUUAUUGGUGAUGGAGCAAAGCUUGUACGGGAUGCGUUCCAGCUUGCCAAAGAGAAGGCUCCUUGUAUUAUAUUUAUUGAUGAGAUAGAUGCCAUUGGCACCAAGCGUUUUGAUAGUGAAGUUAGCGGUGAUAGAGAAGUUCAGCGAACUAUGUUGGAAUUACUGAAUCAACUGGAUGGAUUCAGCAGCGAUGAGAGAAUAAAGGUCAUAGCUGCAACGAACCGAGCUGACAUCCUUGACCCUGCUCUGAUGCGAUCUGGACGGUUGGACCGAAAGAUUGAAUUCCCUCACCCAUCUGAAGAAGCAAGAGCUAGAAUCUUGCAAAUUCAUUCAAGGAAAAUGAAUGUAAAUCCCGAUGUCAACUUUGAAGAAUUGGCUCGUUCAACAGAUGACUUCAACGGAGCACAGCUAAAGGCAGUUUGUGUAGAAGCUGGUAUGCUCGCUCUACGGCGCGAUGCUACAGAGGUAACUCACGAGGACUUCAAUGAAGGAAUCGUACAGGCGUCGAGCUUCACGGUUGGGCCUCCACGGUCGGCCAUCUCGUCCUCUGCAGCCAAGACUAGAAAACGUAAGCGUGGUGCAAGAAGGAUUGGUAUUAUCUAUGGGCCUAUGGAGGAAAGGGAUAGGAUUAGACUAGAAUAUCUAAACAACAAAAUUUGGAAGGAUGAUACAACUUGUCUGAACAUGUUAAGACUUAACAGAGACAAGUACUUCCGGUUUUGCAAACUUUUUAGAGAUCGUGGUUUACUGAAAGAUACCAUCCACCUGUGUGUUGAGCAGCAAGUGGGUAUGUUUCUAAACACUGUGGGACAUAACCUUAGGAAUAGGUUAGUUGGAACUAAUUUUGAUAGAUCGGGAGAAACAGCAAUAAAGGAUGCAGUUGAGGAAGUUGGUGCAACUAGCGGCCAUGCUACAUGGACAUCAGCAAUGUCUGCUUUCAUGCUUAGUCACCUAGCUAAUUUGGUGGCUAGUGGUUUGAAGACAUCAAAGGGAUUCAAGAAACAUUUUUAUAAUGGUUGUGUUAGGGCUAUCAAUGAGAAGUUCAACACUAUUCGCACCGGUGACCAAGUCAAGAAUCAUUUAAAGACAUGGCAGAAAAAGUGGGCAAAGAUAAUUAAACUUAAGAAGUUGAGUGGUGCACUGUUUGACGAAGAUAACUGCAUGAUUACACUAGAUGAUGAGCACUACAAUGGCCAUGUGAAGGAUCACAAGUCUGAUGCUGAGUUCUUGAACAAGCCCAUCUUGCACUAUAAAGAGAUGGAGGCAAUAUUUGGAAAUAGCAUGGCUACAGGCAACUUUGCAAAAGACUCAAGUGCAGCUCUAGGCAAUGCGUUCGCCGGUUCCGCUGGAACGAGCUUCACUCUGCACAUCAUCACGGCGUCUCCUUCAGAGUGCGAGUGUUUCCGAAAGGUGAAGAGGAAGGAGGAGAAGAGCAACUUAUGA